UCCAUCAGCAGGAAGAACCUUAACACCAAUAGUUGUUUCAGAACCACAUUUUUAGCUAAACUUUCCUUCCAACAGUAAAAGAGAACCCACCCUAACUAACAGUGUUUUUGGGAAAGGUGUUUGUAACGUGAAAAAAACAAACAAGGAAGCUGGAGCACUCGGGUGAGGAGUGUUUUAUUGGUGCAAUAAUAAACCACACACGUCUUCGUCAGAGUUGUAACAUGUCGGCUUUAGGCUCGGAGGAGUCCCCAGGAUUAGUGCCAGCCUCCCUGAUCACAUGUCCGUGAUCCAGGUGACGGUCACACAAUCUGCUGCUCGCUGUCACACCUGCCAGCAGCCCCAGGCACGAAGAGACAGAUAAAGACUCCUUCCAUCCUUUCAGCAGAGCCUUGGCUUUGUCAUGCUGUCUUACUGAGGACCGGAUCGGUCCAGAGAACCACUGGAGCUCAGGUGGUAGGAAGAACUAAUGCACAUCAUCUGGGAAUUUUACUGGCAACCACCAAACGAGCAGACAGGGUACCCUGAUCUUUGAGACGGGUAUCGUUUCUGCUCGGUUCUACAGCAGACCUGCUGGAUGACAAAAAUCCUCCUUCAGCUUGAGGACUUUAAUCCUGUUCCGUCUGACUCUUCCUUUGUCCCAGUCGGGAUGGAGCUACAGCCUGGAGGACAGCGGGUCUGAGCUUUUAGAGGAACGCUCCCAGCACGCUGCUGCUGCUGCUGCACAAACACCAUGAGGGAUUCAAACAACUUUCACCCCUCGCUGUCCUCUGAGAGCCUCUGCAGCUGUUGGUCCUCCUGUGAGAGUCAGAGCAGCUAGCCUUGCCCCGCUGAGACAGAACACACCCAUCCAGAGGGGAGAUGAAGCCGGACGGGGUCGCCACAACAGCGCUGGAGUCCACGGAAACGUUGGAAUCCAAUCCGGUAGAGGAGGCAGCGCCGCCCACAGGGCUGGAGCCCCAACUGGCAGCCGUUCCGUCAGAGGAGAACUCGCCACAGCAGCCUGUCGGAGAGACGAGUCAAGUGGAGCCGCAGCCAAAGCAGGCCGAAGCAACUCCAGCUGCCAAACCCGGUAGCAAGGCUUCAAAAGACACCAAAGCCAAGACGACCAUCAAGGCCCUGGCGAAGACAAAACCCAGCACCACGGCGAGCUCAACCAAGACUGCGUCUGGCCCACGGCCAACCACGACCCAGGGCUGCAUCUCAAAUGGCACCACCAAGCCUCAAACUAACGGAGUGGCUAAGAAGACCGCACCUGCCUCCGACAAAAAGAGCCCUCUGACCUCGGUCUCCUCCAAAAGCCCAGCCGGGGCAGCCAGGGCCCCGGCUCCCAAGAGCACCACUAAAGUAGGGGAGAAGAAGCCCGCGGGGGCCGGCCCCGCUGCCAACAGUGCAAGGGCGACAAGCAAAGCACCGGCAGCCAAAAGGACAACACCCACCACGGCUAACGGUGUGAAACCCAGCGCCUCAGCAGCAGCCGCUAAAAAGCCUCCAGUGUCUAAGCCUGCCAACACAACGCCCACCAAGCCGAGCGCUGCUGCCUCAACCAAGCCCGACAAUCCUCCCGUCUCCAAGGCGCCCAGGCCCACGGCAUCGACCCGACUCGCUACUGGCUCUUCUCCAUCAGCGAGCACAGCCAAGACCUCCACUGCUGCAUCCAAACCCACCACCCCUAAACCCGCCCCCAGCAAGCCCGCUGCUCCCAAAUCAACCACCACUACGCCCUCUGCUGGCAAGGCUCCACCGACACAGGCAGCGAGAAACAAAACCCCGGUGAAAAAAGAUGUUACCAAGCCCUCCACUCCAGCAACCAAAAAGCCUUCGGACCCCCCUCUCGCUCGUCCUUCCUCUGCAACAAAGUCAGUCAAAGUAGAGUCAUCCGUGUCAUCUUCAAAACCAGAUGUUACCACCAGAAAACCAACCACACCAAAGGCUGCAGAGACCAAGGCACCAAGCCGCCCCAAAACACAGGAGAGUAAGUCCGCACCUUCCAAGGAUGCUUCAAGGACUCCAGCCACCAAAACAGCUGCAGCUAAGUCGUCCAGCCCCAAGAAGACCAUUGGAAGUAGCACCCCGACUCCGGUGAAACGAGCCCCCAAACCGGCAACAGCUGCUGAACCUGGAACAGAAAUAGCUGCAGCUGUAGCCGCCGCUGCAGCCAUCGCUACUGCAGCAUCUGCCAGGGCAGGACCAGAAGAGCUCCAGCCACCCGAAGCUGUAGAACCACCUGCUGCUGCUGAGGCUGUGCAAGAAAAAAUACCUAAACCCUCUCCAGAAACAGUGUCAGGAGCCGUGUGUGAGCCGGUACAGGAACUCAUUCAGCAACCCAUUCCUGAGCCCGCUGGGGAACCAACACCCGAGCCCGUUAGGGAACCGACACCCGAGCCCGCUAGGGAACCAACACCCGAACCUGUUAGGGAACUGACACCAGAGCCAAUUAGGGAACCAACACCCGAACCCGUUAGGGAACCAACACCCGAACCCGUUAGGGAACCAACACCCGAACCUGUUAGGGAACCAACACCCGAACCUGUUAGGGAACCAACACCCGAACCUGUUAGGGAACCAACACCCGAACCUGUUAGGGAACCAACACCCGAACCUGUUAGGGAACCAACACCCAAACCUGUUAGGGAACCAACACCCGAGCCCGCUAGGGAACCAACACCCGAACCUGUUAGGGAACUGACACCAGAGCCAAUUAGGGAACCAACACCCGAGCCCGCUAGGGAACCGACACCAGAAUCCAUAAAAGAAUCAACACCCGAGCCCGCUAGGGAACUGACACCCGAGCCUGUUAGGGAACCGACACCAGAGCCCGCUUGGGAACCGACGCCCAAGCCCUUUAGGGAACCGACACCUGAACCUGUUAGGGAACCAACACCCGAACCCGUUAGGGAACCGACACCCGAACCUGUUAGGGAACCGACACCUGAACCUGUUAGGGAACCGACACCUGAACCUGUUAGGGAACCGACACCUGAACCUGUUAGGGAACCAACACCUGAACCUGUUAGGGAACCGACACCUGAACCUGUGCACGUUCUAAGUUCUAACCAAAAGCAAGACGCAUCUUCUGAACCUCGGGUAGAAGUAUUUUUCAAGUCAUCAGCUGAACCAGAACUUAAGGCUGAACCUGCUUCUGGUUUACAGACGUCAGCCCAGGUGGACCCGUUCCCAUUUGAAGACCACACGUCUGUUCCUUCCUUGGGAACCACUGUUAUGUCUCCUCCUUGCUCUCCUCCAGCUCCUGCUUCUCCUGUCAGAGACUCUCACGUCACCUCUUCUCUUCUGGACAUGGAUGUCCAGCCCGACCCCUGGGACAGGAACCAAUCUCCCGUUUGUGUGGCGCCCCAAAGUUUAGUCAAUGUUGGAGAGUUUCAGCUAGAGGAGAGAAGGGAACAUGAGACAGGUUAUGGAUUUCAAGAGGAACAGGAGGAAGAGAAAGAAAACCAGUUUGUUUCUCCUUCUGUGGCUCUGGGGGCCUUUCCUCCUGCUGCACAGCCCCACAGCUUGGGGGAUUUUACCCGUAGAGACCUUGUCUCACCUCAAGAGAAGGAGGAGGAAGUGGAAAAGGCUGAGGAAGAGAUCAAUGAGGAUGAGGAGGACGACGAGGAUGAUGAUGAGGAUGUGGAUGAAGAAGAAGAGCAGAGAAGACCAGGACAGCAGCUUUCAUCCCUGAUCACCGACAUGAGCAUGAGCCAGCCCUCUGACGAGUUCCCGGCACGCUCCUCGCUGUUCGGUGGUUCUGCUGGGUGGGCUGGUGAUGACCUGCUGUCAGGGAUGGACUCGGAGGACGUGAGCAGCUGCACAAGCAGCCGCCAGCAGGGGGUGUCGGACCUCAGCAGCACCCAGCACACCGCCAUCCUGGAGGGAACCCAGAGCUCCGAUGCCCUGGUGGACUCCAGCCUCAGAGGGUCUGAGGGAGACGGUAAUCUGAUCGGUUCUCCCAACGUAGAAACUCUGGCCAAUGAGGAGGAGGAGGACGAUGAAGAGGACGACAGGGUGGAUGACAUAGACAUGAGUUCAGAGCAAGUAGAGGAACAUCAUAAAGAGUUCCAGGAGCAGAGACAGGAAGAGGAGGAGGAUGAAGAUGUGGAGAUGCACAGUGAAGGAGUGAUGGACAGCUGUGAGAAUGUAGACGAUGACUUUAAUGAGGAGGAUCACUUAGACGACAUCAGUGUCCCCCCUGCGUCCUCCUGGGGCCACACCCACACCAACCCGUUCUCAGAUACCUGGGCUCAGCCGGCCGCGCUGCUGUCCGUGUUGUCCCCCAGCCCCGUGUCCGACCGCGGCGCAGCAGAGUCGGAGACCCCCACCCAGUCCCCUGCCCAGGCCUGUGUGGACAGCACGGCCCCAUCCUUCCCUCCUCAGUUGGAGCGUGAACCUCACCACCACUCAGCACACGAGAUGAAGGACUCUGGUCCUGGAGAGGACCUGCUGGCUGUCCCGGCCACAGGUGUGUCCCCGUCCGCCCUGGCUGCCCGCAGCAGCAGCGAGACGAGCACCCCAGAGGACCUGCGGGACUACGACAGCAGCUCCGGGGUGGAGUCCCGCUCGGAUAAACAGCACACCCCUGUGCCUGUUCAGGCCCAGUCAGACUUGGACCAGGACUUGGGGAUUCAUUUGGAGAAAGGGGAUGGAGAAGAGGAGGAGGCAGAGACGCUCCCUGCUGAUGAAGUUUUAGGAACGGGGCCUCCAACCGCUCCCGCGUCUGCCCCGUCCUCCACCUCCACCUCCGGUGACGAGGCCAGCGACACAGAGGGCGAGAUCCAGAUCAAUGACCCAGAGGCUCCGAUGAUGAUGAUGAUGAUGGAGGAGAGAGCUGGCUUUGAAAGCCCCCCUCCCUCCUGUAACCUGCCGGCACUUGAGAAGGAGGCAGGAGACACGCCCACUGGAGAUGGCGAGGAGGACGGAGGCGGAGCUACUCCUCAGUCAGCCAAUUCCGUGGCAUCCUAUGGUUUCGACUGCACCACGUCCAACUCCAAUGCGCACUCCAUGGCUGAGAGCUGUGGGAAGAGCCCAGGAAUCUUCUCCCUGGAGAACGAGGAGCAGCUUCCAGAGGAGGCCAAGGACCCCUCCCUCAUCAAGGAGCUGACCCUGCCCUCGGCGGCCGCUGCUCAGAGCGAGAACCUGCUGGGCAGCGCCGUGGACCUGAUCCCUUUGGGCCACCCAGGUGUGGAUGACCAUCACUACUUGUUUGGAGGAAAGAUCGCAGGAGAGGGUCUGGAGGAUCCGCAGGAGUGCUCUAAGCACCCGGGGGCCCAGGAGCGUGAGGCCCCCGACAGCAGCCAGCCACCGUACUACUCCACCGUAUGUGAUAAGACUGAUAGUUUUCUGGAAGGUAACGUAUAAGUCCUUCUAUAAUCCCUGGAAUGCACCUUUAUCCUGCACCCCCUCCCUUGUCCCGCUGUUUGUGUUCGCUCCAGUUAGACGUCUUAGCGGAAAAAACGGAGAAGGAGAAGUAGAAAAAAAAAAGAGUUAAAAGGAGGUGGGGAGUAAGAGACUGUAGCGAUUUUUAAAUGAAGCCCUCCUGUUUAACCGUUGUGGUGGUUCUGGUUCCGAGUGCACGGCCAACGCCAGCCACCGCCGUUUUCUAGUCGAAUGUUCUUUUUACGUAACACUGCGUCUUCUGUGGCCCCGGCCGGGGUAAUGACUCACCGGUCCAACGAACCUUCACACCGACACCAGAAAGAGAAAAGCACUGAAGAGGAAUGGACUGACUGUAUUUAUCCUACUGUUUUUACCCAACAGGUGAUUUUUAUUUGAUUUUACUUUUUGUAUUUGUUUGUUUUUUGUCCUCCUCUGGUCCUCCCGACCCCGUGGACGUGCUCCGUGCUCCGCACCGUAGCCGUGGUCACAGACGCCUUCUUCACAUGUUUGGUUCUUGUUGCAGGACUUUUAGCUUUCAAAAUAAGAGCUUAGGUAUUAACAAAUAGGUGUGGGAGGAUUAGAUUUAAGGGCUGACCCAAAUGCUUCAAAGCGCUGUUGCCGUGGUGAUUCAGGUUCCACUGUGGUUCCUAAUCUGGGUAUCAUUACCACUGCAAACCAGUCCGCCUCAGCAAUGAAGUUAUUUAUUCUGCCUCGCAUCAGUCCGUGCAACACUCGCUAGCAUGAGCUAGUUGCAGCUACGCAUCUGGAAUCCUCCAAGUGUUCACCGAAGCUUUGAAGCCCCCCCCGCCCCGCCCCGGCGGUAUUUGGGUCAGCCCUCCUUAGAUAGCAGUUGGUGACGUUGUUUGUGUGAUCUGCGCUUGUUGCAUAGGCUGCUGAGGGAGAACCGUGGCGUCAUAUGCAGCGUGUGCUUGAGGCUUUCGUUUUGACGGAGCAAAGCUCCAGCUAGCCGUUUGCCCCAGAGCAGAGUCAGAGCUAGCGUUUGACUUACCGCGGUCCGCCGUAAUCGUCUGUGGCGGCCACGGGUGAGCUCUACACUCUACAGGUUUUUGUUUGUGUUUCCGUAGCAGGCUUUUGAUUUCCUCUCUGAACGGUAUACUGCAUGUUUAACUAACAACAGACUGUAAUUCUACCUGAAACGGUUCUACGGUAGAAUGGUUUACUCUAGGUUAUCUCUCAAAAACCCAUUAAACAUCGUUGCAAGGCA